AUGGGGCCAGUAUACUCGACGCUAUGCAUUCAUGUUUCAACAAGUUCGAACUUCUUCACUAUUGAAGACCAAAGUGAAUCGUUCGUGAUAAAAAGACAGCACAAGUUUUUAGAAGUAUGCAAAGCUUUAGGAGUACGCGUCGCAUGCCAUCCGGCGCUCGGGUAUAUGGUGCACGGGGACCAGUUCUCUUCAAUUCGAAGCACUAUUCAGGAUCUCCUUCACCUCAAUGCGCUUGUGAUGGUCAAAGCUAGCGGAAUGUUCAAAAAUGUGCCAACAGCAAUCGUUGGAGUACUACCAGAUACAAUAGAUUCGAGUGCUUUAGGGCAUAAAUUAGACAAACCGCCAAAAGAAACGUUCGAGGAUAUCGGAGGCCUCGAGGGACCAAUCCAGGAAAUGAAAGAGUCCGUGGAACUUCCUCUCACUCAUCCGGAGUAUUAUGAAGAGAUGGGUAUCACGGCUCCAAAAGGCGUCAUACUCUAUGGCCCACCUGGCACAGGAAAGACCCUACUGGCCAAAGCUGUCGCAAAUUCCACAGCGGCAACAUUUAUUCGGGCGACUGGCGCAGAUUUGGUGCAGAAAAACUCGGGUGAUGGUGCAAAGCUCGUUAGGGAACUUUUCAAAAUGGCCAGAGAUAACGCGCCUUCCAUUGUGUUUUUGGAUGAAAUCGACGCGGUAGGGACGAAACGAUAUGAUACAUCGAGCAGGGGAGAGCAAGAGGUCCAACGUACACUAUUAGAACUGUUGAACCAACUCGAUGGUUUUGAGAGCAGAGGAGAUGUAAAGGUUAUUCUGGCCACAAAUCGUAUAGACGUUCUCGACUCAGCGCUUCUACGUCCUGGACGAAUUGACAGAAAAAUCGAGUUACCGAAACCAGAUGAUAAGACAAGGCAGAGAAUUUUUUCGAUUCACACAUCAGGAAUGAAUUUGGCAAAAGACGUGACAUUCGAUUUGGUGAUGUCAAAGGAAAAAGAAAUGUCUGGAGCUGAGAUCAAGGCAGUCUGCACUGAAGCAGGUAUGCUGGCCCUGCGUGCUCAAAGAAAAGUCGUGUGUGCUGAUGAUUUCGAAAAAGCCAUCAAGAAUGUGAUGCUGAAACUCAAAGGCGGUCUACGCUUAAUGAUAAAGUGA